AAGAAACAGUAGAGCGACUCGCUCCUUUGGUUGAAUGGUCUUUGCUUUGGGAAGAUUACCGGUAAAUGUCAUUGCAUCUCUAAUUACAAACUUUCUCCGCUCUCAAACACUAAAAAGAAUAUCAUCUUUUGGCCCAGAACUGUGUGGAGCUGGUCCGGUUGAUGUGAUGCGAAGUCCCGGAUCCGAGGAGCCCGGAGAGGAUCCCUCUGUGGAGUAUGUCUACUGUAGAGGUGUAAUCACUGAGCUGCUCAAGUAUGGACCAACAGACCUGCAUGCUGUCAGCAAAGGGCCAAAGCCUCCUAAAAUGCUCAUCCUUGUCAUUCCAGGUAACCCAGGUGUGGUGGGCUUCUACAAGACAUACAUGCGGACAUUGUAUCAGACGUUCCUCCAGAGAUAUCCAGUUUGGGCUGUGAGCCAUGCUGGACACUGUAUGCCUCCGGAAACCUUUGAUAUGAUUGAAGAUGCUUCUGUGACAGAGAAGGAUGUUUUUGGGCUAGAUGGGCAGAUUGAACACAAGCUGGCCUUCCUUCAAAAGCAUGUGCCUCAGGGCACCAACCUGCUGCUGAUUGGCCACUCCAUCGGUUGCUACAUCAUCUUGGAGAUGAUAAAGAGAGACCCAGAUCUCAAGGUUGUAAAGGCAGUGAUGCUCUUCCCCACUAUUGAGCGCAUGGCCUGUAGCCCUCAAGGAAAGGUCAUGACCCCUGUGCUCUGUCGACUGCGGUACGCCUUCUAUUUGCCCGUCUUCCUGCUCUCCCUGCUUCCAGAGAGGCUGAAGAUCAGCAUGGUGCAUCUGGCCCUGAGGAAUUUAUACACACUGGACCCCUCCAUCAUCCCAUCCACCGUCAGCCUGAUCAACGUAGACUGUGCUGCCAAUGGUAUGUACAUGGGAAGCCAAGAAAUGAGACUGGUUGUAGAAAGAGACAACGCAACUAUUCGUCAACACCUCAGCAAGGUUUGUCUUUUCUGGCUUUUUCAGAUUAUUUUUUACUAUGGAGCUACAGACCACUGGUGCCCUGUGCAGUAUUACCAUGAUAUCAGAAAUGACUUCCCUGAAGGGGACAUUCGUCUGUGCGAGAGGGGCAUCCGGCAUGCAUUCGUCCUGGAUUCAGGGGAGGAAAUGGCUAACAUGACGGCUGAGUGGAUCUUAGAUGAUUUGAAGACGCUCUGACGGCCAGAAUAACAUUUAUUCAACUUUAAUGUCUAUCAGGGAAAUAUUCCAACUGAGCCCCUUGAGUGAGUUAAAAAAAGACCAUUAUUUUAGAAUGUAAGGCUGGCUAAUUCACACUGAACCAACAGAUCACUAGAUCACAGUCUGUCACUGGUCAAACAUUUCAUGACCCGACAAAUGCCAAAUUAAGCUGUUUCAUUCAAUGUCUGUUGCCGUCGGUCGGCGUGUCGGUGCAAUGUGAAUUCCAUGGUGACAUAUGAAGCGUGUUACGUGUCACUUCACAAUCACGAUCUAUGACUGGUGUAUUGGUGAUAUUUAAAUUUUUCUCAAAAUAUUCAUAAACAUUUUAAUAGAUUGUGAAAUAUAUGAUCAUUUAAUUCUCAAACACGUGUAAGUAAAUGUAAAUUGUCCUUCAACUUUUCAGUGUAGUAUCACAUAAAUAAUUUAUUUUUGUGGAAAUCUGUAAUUUUCCAAACUUGACAACCAGACAAGUCACUUAAAAGUGCACUGUGUAAUUUUUUGCAGAAUCUAGUGGUGAGGUUGGGAAUUGCAAUUACUUGCUUGUUCAGAAGAUAUUUUCUGGUGAAAAUUCUUAUAUUGGUCAAACUUUCAAAAAGUGAAUCUGUGAUUCUGUAUGACAGUCUCCACACAGCAUGGUGAUUGACAGCAGCACUCGCCUCAAAACACUGUGUUCAUCUGCGCUGUUUCAUGCCGAUUUACAACCCACGUAAAGAUGAUAAUUCCGCGAAUAACUGCAAUUGCAGAUUUUGAACAGAGAUGGUGACAAAGAGGAAAAGUUUCAGGCUGCAGCUUUAAGUAAGAUCUUUAUACACCACUGAAAACUUAGUUAUGUAAAUAAUAUUGCAUUUCUGACAACAGAUCCUCCUAAAUAUUACACAAUGCACCUUUAAGAACAAGAUUCUUGUUAUAUAUCCUGGCAUGAAGAUAUUGUCCUCUUGAUGGAAAAUAAUUUUCUCAACAUAAAACAUUAGUUAUUUUAUAAUAAAAUGUGAAAAAUACAAUAACAUCAGUAAAAAAAACAAUAUGUCAUGUAAUCUAUACCGAAGUAUAGUUUAAUGAAAAUUCUUGACAAAUAUGAUAUAUUGUUAUAAAACAUUUUGCAAUUGAAUCAAUAAAAGCUUGUAAAGAGACAUUGUCAAAUUUUAGUUAGUUGUUUUCUGUCAUUGGGAGAGAAAGUUUGAAUAUUAUGUAUUUGCUAUAAUCAUUUAGUAGAGUUAAAAUACAAAUUACAAUGUUGAUUGUCAUGAAUGAAAUCUUCUGAAUAUUCAGAUAUUCAGUACUCGAGGAGGAAAGCUUUUGCUGUAUAUUGCUUUACCAUCAAGUUUCACUCAUCCCUUGAACCUUUUCUUUUUGGUUUUACAAUGAAAUGUUUUACAGUCAGGACAUGUUACAUGUGAUUUGAUUUCUUUCUGAGGAGAAAAUGUAUUAAUAUGGCAGGAAAUGCCUGUACUAGCAUGGACCACAAUAUUAUGAAUUUUAAUGAAACUUGGGAUGACCGGGUUAAAGGCAGAGAAAUUAUGCAUAUUUGAGCUGUCUCCACAUAAAUGGACCUCAACAUUAACCCUGGAUAAUUUUUUAUUCUCCAGACUGCAUCAGCAGGAUUCUGGAAUAGUGUUUUACCUGUAAAGCUGCUAUUCUCUUAGCUUGAGACCUGUUUGGAUUCUUUAGGCCCCAACUUGGCUCCUGACAUAUCCCAAGAGUUUGCUUUAUGGUGAAUGGGGAGCCAAAGCGGGACCUCUUAUACGAAAACCCGGCUGUAGGUUUGUUCUCCACUUGCAUGGUUUCCUGGGAAUCACCAAGUGAAAUAUUUUGAGAGUUUACCCCAAAUGCCCAGGGACCCGUAAUGCUAUUCACUCCUCUAACCACCUCCGUCAAUGUAAUGAAACAUCAAAAACUCUCAUAUUUUACUCUGAUGCUCAUAUUCAAAGUGAUGUCGUUUCAAACCUGUAUGACUUAUUUUCUUAAUUUCUGAAGAAUAUCCUGUCCAUAUUUUAACAUACAAUAAAGAUGAAUGAGAACUGG